GGAGCGCUGAGAGAGGGACAGUCAUCAAGGAAGCAGCAGAAGUUGGGCCCACUGCUUGGAGCAAAAGGGCUGAAAAGAGAGAGAGAGGACGGGCCAAAACACAACGGCACUGAGGGAGGCACGGAAGCCAGAGACAGAGGGAAGCAUUUCUCACGCACACGCACACACGCUCACACACACACGCUCCAGAGGGCAGUGGUAAAAGCAUAUUGGUUUUCUGUGUGUGUGUUUGUGCAUGGUGAGCAGCUAGUUUUAUGUUACUUAAGUACAGCUUUACUUGACCACAGUGUGUUGCUCAUAGUCUGUGAGAAGUAACUGCUAGUUAUUUGUGCGAGUCUGUCAGUGUGUAAGCAUGGGAUUGAUCAUGCAACCCCUAUACUAGCAUGUGUUUGGGGGCAUGCGGCAGCCUUUGUGAAUCGUAACCAGUGUGUUUGUGUCAUUAAUUGUCUGUUAUGUUGCUAUGUGGGGAUAGUCCUUUGUCUGUUGGGAGGAUGAGGUUACACCAGCACACAGAUAAAGAACUCUCCUGAUAUUACUCCGCGCAUACUGUCACAUGACGCUGCACAUUGUUUUACCGAGGCAGACACGCACACGCAAUGCCACUUGCUAUCGCACACACACCCUGUCACACAAUGCCUCCCUGUUACGUUGAGACACAUGCUAUCACGCACGGUCACAUACAUUGAAAUUUAAGCUCACGGGGGUGGGUACAGAGGUGCGUGCAGAGACAAAUAUACUGAUGUGUACAACAGACAUGUAGACACGUGCAGUGCAGGCUUACAAACAAAAACAGGAAUGAAUUUAACAUUAUCACCGGUGCUUAUGUUGAACGUGCAAAAACAUUGCCCCAAGGACCAUAGCAUGUCAAGUGUGAAGCUCCAUCUAAAGGCCUCAACUAGGCAUGUGAGAUGAGUGAACAGCUUUCUUAAUCGAGGACUGCAGAAGGGACUGUAUUAAUGACCUGGAGGAACCUUACACUGGAUUCACCUGAGUUCUUGGACUUCUCUGCCACAUAGAGAAAAGCUGACUCACGGGCUGUCACUAAGAGAAUGCCGGAGCGAGUUUGUCUGUUCCAGGGACAGUGUUACUACCAGCUGAAACGUGCCUGUCUACGUCGGGGUGUUCUCUUCCAGGACCCCCACUUCCUCCCCUCUGCCCAGUCCCUUUUCUACCGCCGCUGUCCCCCACCUGGCCUCACCUGGAAGAGACCUAGGGAACUCUGUAAAGACCCUAGGCUCUUUGUUGAUGGCAUCAGCUCUAGAGACCUACACCAGGGCAGUCUGGGCAAUUGCUGGAUGGUGGCAGCUACAUCAUGCCUAGCUACUGAGCCCUCACUCUGGAAGCAGGUGAUUCCAGAUCACAAGGAGCAGGAGUGGAACCCCAAACGGCCGGACCUGUACUCCGGCAUAUUCCACUUCCGCUUCUGGCGCCUGGGCUGCUGGACCGACGUGGUCAUCGAUGACCGCCUCCCGACCGGCCAGGACGGGGCGCUGCUGUUCUGCCGCUCUGGCUCCCCUCGCGAGUUCUGGAGUGCCCUGCUGGAGAAGGCUUACGCCAAACUCAAUGGCUGCUAUGAGGCCCUGGAGGGGGGCAAUACUGCCGAGGCACUGGUGGAUUUCACUGGGGGGGUGUCCGAGCCCAUCAGUCUGGACAGGGAGAUUCUGACCCACCAUUCUGACCAGAGGAGAGCGCUGUUCCAGACUCUGGCCCGUGCGCACACCCGCCGAGCUCUCAUCACCUGCUACAUUCGGCCUGCGGAGGGGGAAAUGGUGGAGUCGGUUCUGGACUGCGGACUUGUACGGGGUCACGCUUACGGCAUCACGGCGGUGCGGAAGAUGCGCCUCGGGGAGCAGCUGCUUGGUGUGUGCGGGGCGUCCCGCGUCCAAAUGGUGCGUAUGCGGAAUCCCUGGGGUACAACCGACUGGACAGGAGCAUGGAGCCAGGGGUCACAUCAGUGGCAGCAGGUGGGUCGCAGUGAGAGGGAGAAGAUGGGCCUCACAGUGAGAGACGUCGGGGAGUUCUGGAUGGAGUUUGAGGACUUCUGCCACUACUUCACGGACGUGGUGGUGUGCCGGUUGGCAGAGCGGGCUCUGCUGUGGCCCAGCUCCCACUGGAGAGAGGUGCGGUGCUCUGGGGAGUGGGCAGCAACACCUGGGAAACCACCGGGGAGCAUCCCCCUACUCAGCGGGCUGAGCAAACAGGAGGACCAGAGGGGCUUGACCAGGGAAGCAGAGCGAGGCCCAAAGGGUGACAGGAAAGAAGAUCAACUGGGGAAGAGGCAGAGGGAUGGGACACUGUGGGGACAAAGAGACAAGGCUGGUGGAGGGAAGGGAGGUGAGAAGAUCGCAAGGAAGGAGGAGCAGGAGAGCAACUUCAGGGAUGGGUUAAGGGGCAUGCGGUGGGAUGGACAAGUGGACAAGAAUAGCAGGUGUGGGGGCUGCAUCAACCACCGAGACACCUUCCUGUAUAACCCCCAGUUCAUGUUUGAGGUGCGGGGGGAGGGGGAUGAGGUGCUGAUCUGCCUGCAGCAGGAGGACCGGAGAAUACGAAGAAGAGAAGGAGGCGGGGAGAACCUGCCCAUUGGUUUCGAAGUGCUGAGGGUGGAGGUGAACCGGAUGACCCGGGUACAUUGUGUGGGGGAACAGGCUGCCAGCUCUGUGUACAUGGACUCCCGCAGUGUGGCUCUGAGGGUGACCCUGGGGCCUGGCCGCUACACCCUCUUACCUACCACUUUCCAGCCAGGGUCCACAGGGAGGUUCCUGCUGAGGGUCUUCUCCCACUCCCAUGUCCACUUGAGGGAGCUAAAGGAGGAUUUACCGCCCCCCUCAAUCUGGCAGUGCUGCAUACCCCAGCCAUGUAUGGUGACCACAGUCCACCUGCGCCGAGCUUCUGGCCUGGGUCAGCCCAAACAGACAGCCCCAGAUGUGUAUGCUGUCAUUCGAUGUGAGAACGACACUAUAAGAACACGUAUAUUCAAGCAGGACAGUAAUCCUGAGUUCAAUACUAAAGCCAUUUUCUACAGACGGCAACCAGACACACACGUUUACAUUGAGCUGUGGUGUCGUGGCUGGCUAUGGGACACUCUCCUGGGUGGAGCACGACUACAAACUGGAGAUAUUGAGAGGGGACGUAGCCGGGUGAUUGAUCUGCAAAGUGGCCAGUCUCGCUCAGUGUCUCGAGGAUGCAUCUAUGUGGAGACCUCUUCCAGUCAGUGUUUGACUGAUCUGUGACUGGCUGCUGCGGGCCUGUGAAAUAUGGAUGUGGAUAUUUUUUUUUCAGUGAAGACUUAUUUGCUCGCUGGGAUGGGCUCCAGCACCCUCCGCGACCCUGACCAGGAUAAGCGGGUAUAGAUAAAGGAUGAAUGGAUGGCUGGACAUAUUUGCUGAUGUGACAAUGCAGGGACAAUGCACUAUUAGACAUUCUUGGCAUGAAAAUGCAGCCCUGUGGAUGUAAUUAAUCUAACAGAUUUUUGAGCCUUCGGUGCAGCUGGGACUAAAUGGCAGAUGUCAGAGAGAAAUAUAAGGAUGAAAAACAUUUCAAUCCAUAAAACCGAAUUUCAGUGCUAUGGUAUUUUUUCAGUCAUACGAAUAUUCAAUAUUAUGGAUAGUUAAAAAGAGAAUACACAAGCUUUAAAUUAUUAAUAUGAGUCGGGAUAUGAUAUGGGUCGGAUUUUUGAGGCAGAAGCAUCGCUACAUCUGAACACUGCUUACACAGUGGGCCUAGCCAUCCCCAUACACACUGCCUCAUCAAUAAAACAUCUGCCAGGUUCAGCGAAGUGAAACAAAGUACUAAUUCCUGUUCUUUUUUUCUUUUUCUUUUUUACAUCUCCCUCUGCUGGUCAGACAAAAAGAAACAUCACUAUCACAGGUUCUUCCUUAUUCGCAUCCAAUCAUUGGGUAUGGAUCAUUUAGCCUACUUUCUGGGUUACUGUUUCAGUUUUCGCUAAUAUUUCCAAUUGGCUCAGGCUUUGUGUGCGAUAAAGGAUAUUUCAGAUAUUUAGAUAAGUUUCUAACGACCUAUCGAUUUUACAAUGGCAGCAUGGCAUUCGGGGUUUUAGGGUCUAAAACAAUGAGUAACUCCAAAGUACGUGCGUUGUUUUAUGCUGUCGGUUUUCUUUUUUGCUAAUUGCUUUCCAUACAACAAUAAUCGUAGUUCUAAAGCCAAUGUAUUUACCUUGCGACUUCACGCUUGCAUAAUGGUAUAGUUCUGUGUAACACCAAAUCCAAAUCGCGCCAUGGGUUAUCUCCUGCAUCAGUAGCCUACAAUAAACGCCCAGAGAAAGUUUAGGAUAUGCUCGUGUGACAGCAGCUGGAUCGUUGCAACAGCGCUGCUCCGCUAAAACUUCUGCCCCUAAAUUUAUUUUUCGUCUUCUUGCGGAAAUAAAACGCAUAGGCUAUAUUGUAAGUCAGUUUUUUCAAGAAAGUGCUUCCACAUCAGGUAAGAUUCGUUAUAUUCGCAUACUGACAUUCCAUUUGGGAUAUUCAAAUAUUUAAAUUCGUGCGUGUAACAGUUUUCUUACGGUAAGUUAUCCAUGAGUCGAUUACUGUAGGCUUAAUGUAAUUAAUGUAGCCAUCAUGUGCUAACCUCAAAGCGAACGCGUAAACAAAAUUUCACAGGCAAUUAUGGUUAAGCGUUAUUUCCUAGCAAAUAAAUAAUAAAAAUCACAUAACGAUAUAGCCUAUUAACUACUGAAUACCCGUAUUCAUUAUGAUUUAGGUCUAAUCAGUCUACCCCUUGUAUACCAUAACUUAGCCUAUCCUUAAAAUAUUAUUUUCUUCAACCACAGGCCUUAACCUUUGCAGUGAACCCAGUAGAUGUAGGCUACGAAGUAGGCAGAUAUUCGGUCCUCUACGUUUAACUUUUCGACAGUCAGUAGCCUACAAAUGCCACUGCGUGUAGUUCCCCUCUUUUUAAAAAGGAAAAGUUGAAUUAAAAAGAGAAAUUCUGGAAUCCAGACAUUGCUAAUACCGACUGUGGCUUGGUCAGUAACCCUAGGCUACGGGAGGGCAAUGCAUUGGUGCACAUGCACAGCGAGAUUCAGUUGGCCAGUACGAUCGUUUCUUUCACUCCCCAGCGACCACCGCUGGGCAAUCAGGCAUCGAUGAUCUGCUUGAUCUACCUGCAGACGAAAUAUCUUUCUCUAAGCUGUUUCUAUAAACCAUACAGUUCUCUGGUGUAAGAAGCUGAAGUUCUGGGCUGUGGUGUGACAAGAAGCAGCAGCUUGACAUCACAUCUUUUUGAGGAGAACGUGCUUGUCUAUGCUCUUCCUUCAGUAACUGAUAGCACCGUUUUUAGCUAUAAGUGAAUAUGUGGCUAAUGAAGAAAAAACAAAAUAGGGUUUAAAAGUGUUUAAAAAUAAGAUACAUUUUGAUCAAUAUUUUUUACAAAGUGACAAAUUCAUAUUAUGUUGAUGGGUUGAAUAUUAAAAUCCCAUUCACAGCAAACCUAAACCCAAUAAGAUACAAGUAAGUUAGUCAAUAUGAAGCUCAUUGCAGAUGUGAUACAAUGUGAAUUCUAUGUUUUAAAAGCAGUGUGUAGUCUUUUGUGCACACAUGUUGCCUUGACACGCAAGUUAACCAUUUUGACCAUUCUGAUUAGGCAAAUAAAAAUCCAAACAGUGUGUUAUAUUUCUGACCAAGGCCUGUUGCCUACUGUAUGCAUUACUCCCAGGAUGCCUGCAUUUAGAAUUUUGGACCUAUCAGAUGGAACUGAUCUGUUUUUAAGGAUAAUGUUUGUUUUGCUUACCAUCUUUUCAAUAAACACUGAAAUAUGCUCACA